GAUGAACAGGCUGUGUGGUCAUCCGGUGUCACACUGGGAGGAGGCUCAGCAACAAGCUGAUGUGACGCUGCCAAACCCCCACCCGGGGGAAGACCCUCUGCCAUCCUAGAGGAGGACAACCCAUGCAGCUGGCUCUGCUCUAGACACCAGCAGCCAUCACACCCUGCUCCGCUCUCCCAGAUUAUUAUCCAGCUUCCUGUUUCCUACUGUGACUCAGCUGUGCACCUGACAUACACAACAACACCCUACUAACUCCACUACUACACCAUCUGAGAGCAUAGACUGCCAGACAGGGCUCAGCACAGCCACACAGCUACAUAAACACCCCCCUCCUCUACUAGGCACUCCCAUACUCCCCUACAGCUUUCCAUACACUCCCUCUGUCACUUGCACACAAGUUCCCCUCCAGCACACAUUAGGCAGACAAUGUAUGGGAAUUAUAGUGCGGAGAAACAUGAGAAGUGACAAUCUGGGACACUGGAGGACAGGCUCUUCUCUACACACUGAACAUUGCUGCAGGGGAGAAUUACUAGAAGGAGGAGGAAGAGCUGGUUCUUACCUGUGCAUGGUGGAAGAGAUAAUACAGGUCUGAACACUGAUGACUGAUGGACUGAGCCUCACCUGUGCUGAGUUUUCAUUCAUCGCCCUCACCUGAGCCGCAACCACUCACCUCAACUCAUGGCUACCGGAGAGGUUCGCUACUGUUCCAGGUUCCCUUACCUGUGCCUGAAGUUCACCCUCAUCGCAUACUGCACCAUUUUCUGGCUGAUCGGUGCGUUGGUCCUGGCUAUCGGGAUAUAUGCUGAAGUGGAGAGGCAGAAGUACAAAACGCUCCAUGGUGCUUUCCUGGCUCCAGCUAUCAUUCUUAUCCUCCUUGGAUUGGUCAUGUUUGUGGUGUCCUUCAUUGGUGUCCUGGCCUCUCUGAGGGACAACCUGUGCCUUCUUCAGGUGUUCAUGUACACAUUGGGGGUCUGCCUUCUCCUGGAGCUCACUGGCGGGAUUGUCGCCCUGUUAUUCAGAAACCAGACCAUGGAUGUCCUGAACCGCAACAUUCGCCGCGGAAUACGGAAUUACUACGACGACCUCGACUUCAAAAAUAUCAUGGACUUUGUACAGAAACAGUUCAAGUGUUGUGGAGGUGAGGAAUACAUGGACUGGGAGAAGAACGAGUACCACUCUUGUACAGCUCCAGGGCCUCUUGCCUGUGGUGUCCCCUACACCUGUUGCAUCUCUAAUAAGACAACAACUGUGAUGAACACAUUGUGUGGAUACCAAGCCAUGAAGUAUAAUAGACAGGAAGCAGAGAAGUUCAUCUAUCCCAGGGGCUGUACAAAUGCAGUCAUUAUGUGGUUUUUGGACAAUUACAGUAUUAUGGCUGGGGCACUGCUAGGAAUUCUUCUUCCACAGUUCCUUGGAGUUCUUCUCUGCCUCCUCUACAUCAGCCGUGUAGAAGACGUCAUCAGUGAAUGGAACAGUUCAGCUGAUGUCCUUCUGGAGAGGCCCGAGAUUGAGUUUGCCUCUAAAGGCUGUUGCAGGUGUUAUCCAGGAAUGGAGUCUGAUGUCUGAGUCUGACUGUAUGCAUCCACCCACUAACAACCACUAAAUAUUAACUCUAAACUUUGUCAACCACAAGAAGAUGAAGUUGAAUUUAUGAAUGAGUUGUGAACUGUAAAAAUCGAAUUUUCUGUGAGUCUUCAGGAGGUCCGAGGUGACAGCCAGAGAACUGGUGCCUGAUGAUUGCUAUAGUGGAUCGUCACUGUAUUGGUUCUAAGACCGUAAAUAUCUGUAGCUGAAGUGAUAGACUUAUUUUUGUAUUCUGUAAAUGCACUCCAAAGAGAUUUCUACUCAUUUCUACAGGGAAUAGAUACAUAAAAGGUCUUGGUAACGUCUCGGCAACAGUCCAAAAUAAUCCGGUGGUAAUGUCAACAUCUACUCCACUGAAAUCCUCUUUACUUUUGAUUUUGACGACAUCCUAAUGUAUUACCCAGAGACUUUUAGAAGAGGAAAACAUCAUGAUCUCUGAAUAAAAGCAGACAUGUUGCAGACUUCAAGCAAAGUUCAAAGUUCACUGACAAAACAGAGGUUUACUUCAUUACUGUAUAAUAAAACUAAGCACUUAAGACUUGGAAUAAGAAGUCAUGCAUACCUCCUAAAGGUAGAAGAAAAUAUUAAUAUCAGAAAAAUGUAAUUCUAAUACCAGCCUGGUUAUUUUUAGGUUUGUGCCUUUCAGGGGGGUCAAUGAUCAAAAUUGUACUAUGGUAAUGCAGAAGUCUUGGUGUUUCUACUCUAUAUUACCAAAAUAUGUCAGCUGACCAUCACAUCUAUACGAGUGUAAUUCUAUAUUCAUAGGCAUUAUUAUGGAGUUGCCCCCUUUGGACUAUAACGGCCUCCACUCUUAAAUGACCUUCAAAAUCUUGUGGAAAGCCUUCUAAGGGGAGUUGUGCCCAUUCAGCCAAAACGGCGUUUGUGAUGUCAAGUCCUGAUGUUAAACUCAAAGAGCUGGUUUGUACGUAGUCAACGUUCCAAUUCAUCCCAAGUAGAGAUGAGCUCAAGCCUUUGUGCAAACCACUCUGAUUUCUCCACACUGAACCAUUGAUUCCGGUCUUUAUGGAGUUGGCUUUGUACACAGGAGCAUGGUCAUGCUGGGCCUCCUCCAAGCUGUUGCCACAAGAGUGGAAAUGCAUAAUUGUCUAAAAUGUCUUUGUAUGCUCUAGCGUUUACAAUACCCUUCACUGGAAAUAAUUUAAAAGGGGGGGGUCCCACAUAGCUUUGCCCAUGUAGCUAGGUGUUCUGUUCUGAGGUCCACAACACUACAUGGCGUGUGUUCUAUGGGGGGAAACUUCAUAUUACUGUCGUAGACUGAGGAACAUAUUUUUAGAUGACCAGUCCACCGAAAAAAAAAAAAAAAUUCUAGAAGCUGGUAAAUUGCAUCUCUCGGUGACUGUGGUAGACUUCGUUUCCAAAUCUGAACAUCGAACUCAGCCGUUACAAGGAUUCUUUGUCGUAAUUUUGAGCUUUAAUUUUGAUUAUCUAGAACUCAAAAAAAAAAAGGUUGGUACUGCUAGCAUUCCAAGAUGUGCAGGAACAGAUCUGGGGAACGUGGAGGGGAGAUAUGAGGCCAGAGGGUGACUGAUUAUAUCAGGCUUCACUCAAAAGUCUUAAGCGGAGCUAUAGAUGAUGCAAUGUUCUUUCCUUCCAUAAGGUGGGGGGAGGGAAGAAAAUUGGUUGAUUCCCCCAUAAACAAAAUGGGUCCUACAGUGCUAUUGUAUUCUGCCAGUGGGGGUCAUGGAGAGCCUUCCUAGCCAGCAGGAUACAAUAAUUACUGCUAGCAGCUAUGGCUUCUGGCAGUAAUUGUAUGUAAAAAAAUAAAAAUCAAACAGGCUGGUUAUACCAAAAUCUAUUGAUUAUUCAAUUUGGGUACAACCAGCCUGCCCAUACAUGGAUUGAAAUGUACCUGGUUCAGCAGAAUUUCGAUCAAUUUAUCGUUGGCUUUACUGCAUUAUAUCGUAAACGAACCCUUUCAAGGCUUCCUGUACACUACAGUUCCUAAACUUGAUUUUAGGAGCUUUUAGCGUGUUUUUUCUUUCUGCCGAAGCGCCUAAACUUAACGUCAUAAAACCCUAUGUGUCCAUGUACACAUAGGCUUUUAGAAUUGUUUAGGAGUUGCUGCGGUUAGGGGAGGUUCAACCUUCCUCUCCUGAAUGCAGAAGAAUCGUGUAAUUGAUGGGAACGUUUUGACUGCCGGCCGCAAAAAUCGAUUUGGCUGCGCCUUGCGUUUUCCUGUGGCUGGCGGUCAUAAUAGGCUAUGUGUACAUGAAGCCUUACAUUCACUCAGCAUUCACUGCAUUUUAAAUUAUCCUCGUACACGUUACCAAAAAAUACACUACACUACAGAUGGGGUUCAUCUAGAAAUGUUCAUACCUGAGGCUUCGUAAAGAAAUCUAAAAAUAAAUGUACAAUGGUCUUCUCCUUUACAGGCAUGAUUAUUGUAUGAGAAUUCUGACAUGUUAGUCCUUGAACUAUAGAAGCAUGAAUUUUAAUAAAUAAACAUAUUUUUCCCCUCAAGGAGUGAUCUAAACGGACCUAACACUAAGCAUUCAAGUACCUCAGAUUUAGAUUUAUACUUAAAUGUCUUGUUGCUAGAAUAACUAAUCUAUACUCAGGUGUAUUGUGCCAAUAAGUCUUGAAAAUCGUCUGUCACCGCUCAGUAAAGACGGGCAUUUUGUGUCUGGAUGAUGUCAUCGGUUCGGAGACAACCAAUAGGCUGCUUUCUCAUGAGUGUUUGAUUAUCCAAAUAAAUGGCUGAGAAAGGGAGUACCUGAUUCCCAGUAAAAUAAUU